GGGGUUAAGGGAGAGAAUCUCAAGCCAACUCCGAGGGCAGAGCCUGCCUUGAGGCUUUAUCUCACAACCGUGAGAUCAUGACUUGGGCAGAAAUCAAGAGUCAGAUACUUAAACAACUGAGCCACCCAGGUGCCCCCAUCCCAGGAUAAUAUUUUUGAAUUCAUCUGCUUUAGCAUGUAUCCAUAUUUUACUUCUUUUCAGGGGUGAAUAACACUCAGGGUUUGUUAUUUCUUGGCAGGAAUACAUGGCCCACAAAGCUGAAAAUAUUUGCUGUCUGGCCCUUUACAGGGAAAGAUUGCCAGUAGGUAGGCUAGAAGGACAGGCCUAAACCCUAAGCUGGGAAGUCUGAAUCCUGCCAGCCCAGCCCAGCCCAGCCGCCUUCUCUCUUCCUCUGUUUCCAGUGAAGCCAUAGGGCCGAUCAGUUCCUAGUUCCACAUUCUCCUCUGCCCUUGUCCCUUUCCCAUGUACCCAAGCAAACAGGGCUUUGUCUCUCAUCUCCCCUCACCUCUUUACGUGUCUGGGGUACUCUUCACACUGCCUGACGGGAGGAUGCUGCUUUUCCCUCUCAGGAAGCCUUCCUCAGGGGGUCCCAGUACUCCCGGUGGUGGCGCUAAGGUGAAAGGCAGAAGACCACAAGGUGGAAGAGUGGUUGAGUCCCGCUACUUGCAGUACGAGAAGAAAACCACCAAAAAGGCUUCUGCAGCAGAUACACUGAAGACCAUUGGGAAGAUGCCUGAAGGUGGAAGGAAAGUUCACCUGCUCCAGAGGAGUAGAGACAGCAGUGGAAUUGGAAAGGGCGACCUGCAGUCCACAUUGCUGGAAGGUCACGGCACGGCCCCCCCUGACCUGGACCUCUCGGCCAUCAAUGACAAAAGUAUGCUUAGAAAGACUCCGCAAUUAGAAAAAACGAUGUCGAAGAAAACCGAAUCCAUGUCAUUUUCUGCUUCACAGAGAAAGAGCCCAGACCUGUCUGAGGCAAUGGAAAUGAUGGAAUCCCAAACGUUGCUUCUGACUCUACUGACCGUAAAGAUGGAGAAUGGUCUUGCUCAGUUCGAAGAAAAGGCAGAGAGGAAUUUGUUAAUAAUGUGUAAAGAGACGGAGAAGCUACAGAAGAAGGCCCACGAGCUAAAGCGUAAACUCCUUCUCUGUCAGAGGAAGCGGGAACUGGCAGAUGUCCUUGACGCUCAGAUUGAGAUGCUCAGCCCCUACGAGCCUGUGGCCGAACGCUUUAGGGAACAGUACAAGACAUUCGCCACGGCCCUGGAUACCACAAGGCAUGAGCUUCCCGUAAAAUCAGUCCACCUGGACGGGAAUGGGCAGCAGUUCUUAGAUGAUUUGCAGCGAGAAUUGACGACCACCUGCCAUCUGCUGGGAGAACUUGGGAUCAGCAGUUUAGAAGAAAACGUGAAAGCCCUGGACCUGCUGAGUGAAAUCAGGGAAAUGACCCAAAAGAAGGAUCUGGAGCUCCGAAGGAGCUUCGCCCAGGUGCUGGAACUCUCUGCCGAGGCCAGUAAAGAGGCGGCUUUAGUCAACCAGGAGGUCUGGGAAGAUGCCCAGGGCCUAGAAGCCUCCAGCCAGUGGUACUUCAAUCAAGAAGGCGCCUGUGGGGAGGCUUCGGGAGAGGUCAGGACCCCGCUUCUGUUAGGCACUGGUGAGCCACACGCAGUAUGAACCAUACACGAGCCAUGGGCUCCCACACGAGUGGGGACCUUCCUGCAAACUGCCCGGAAGGAAACCCAUCCCUUACCACUGGCUCAGGGCAUAAGCGUGCCAGGCAGUGCGUGUGUGAUACUCUUGGAACUCAAGCACUUUAGACACUAGUUUAGCAAUGUAGCUCUUUUUGUAUGAGUGUGUCACUUGAUAUUUAAAAAAUAAAACUUUUGCAUUCAAGCCUUGA